UGAUCCUCUCUCGAUCCUCCUUGUGUUCACAAACCUACACCAUCUCUCUUUUCCUCUCUCUCUCUCUCUCUCUCAUCAUCAUCAUCAUCUUCUCAAACCUCAGAAAGGGAAGAGUCCAUACAAACCCUUUUGCUCUUGUUUGUUCCUACACACACCCCCACAGCUAAUUCUUAUUCUCAUCAUAGGACCAUCCGAGGACAAAGCACAGUGCAGUUAAUACUCAGCAUAAUAACUGUAGGCUUUGAGGUGCGCGCGCUCGAGAAUAACUAUGGCUUCUCCUUCCGAACUAACCCUAGAGUGCAAGCCCCAGAGCUAUUCCAUGCUCCUGAAGUCAUUCGGCGACCACCACGCCGCCGACCAAACCCAGAAGCUCGAGGAGUUCCUCGCCCGCCUCGAGGAGGAGCGUCUCAAGAUCGACGCGUUCAAGCGCGAGCUCCCGCUCUGCAUGCAGCUCCUCACCAAUGCUGUAGAGGUAUCAAAGCAACAGCUUCAAGCCUAUAGAGCAAAUUCAGGACCAAGGCCUGUUCUUGAAGAAUUCAUACCAUUGAAAAAUUCAUCAUCUGAGGGCUCUGAGAAGACACCAAACCUAUCUGAUAAGGCAACCUGGAUGACAUCUGCUCAAUUAUGGAGCCAAACGAGCAACGAUAACCCCAACAAGCAACAAUCAUUGGCGCCUAAAGAAACCGACAUCGGCUUCAACGUCAGCCCGAAGUUCAGUUUGGAAAACAAAUCCAGGAACGGAGGAGCCUUCCUUCCGUUCUCCAAGGAGCGCAACGGGUCAUGCCCAAGCCCAAGCUUGAGGGCUCUUCCGGAGCUCGCUCUCGGCUCGCCCGACAAAGAGAUGGAAGAUAAGAAGUAUCCAGAAGCGGAGAACGGCAAUGGAGUCUCGUGCGUGAGAAGAGACGGUUGCAGUAAAAUUGGCAAUGGCGAAGUGGGGAAAGGGACCGUGAGUUCUGCAGAAGUGCAGAUUCCAGCGACAGCUAACGCUUCCAACACUAACACGACGGCCGCAAAUGGUCAGACUCAUAGAAAGGCAAGGCGGUGCUGGUCGCCGGACUUGCAUCGAAGAUUUGUAAAUGCCCUACAGAUGCUUGGCGGCUCUCAAGCAGUGGCCACCCCAAAGCAAAUCAGGGAGCUGAUGAAGGUUGACGGUUUGACUAAUGAUGAAGUUAAAAGCCAUCUCCAGAAAUACAGGCUUCACACCAGACGACCCAGCCCAAGCCCACAAACAGCCGGCUCCGCCGCCCCGCAGCUGGUGGUCCUAGGUGGCAUCUGGGUCCCGCCCGAUUACGCCACGGCCGUUGCGCAUGGCAACACGUCCCCGCUGUAUGGCGCCCACCCGUCCGCCCAUGCAUCGCCUCACUACUGCACGCCUCCCGGCAUGCCGCAGGAAUUUUACUCCGCGGCAGCUUCUCACCACGAGGCGGUGCACCACCACCCCCUCCACGGCCACCACCACCAGAUUCAAGUGUACAAGGGGACUUCUCAUCCCCAACCACAAAGCUCGCCGGAGUCCGGGAUGAGGGGCGGUGGCGGGGAUGGCCAGUCAGAGAGCAUCGAGGAUGGCAAGUCGGAGAGCAGCAGCUGGAAGGGUGACAGCGGCGACCACGUCAACGGCGGAGAUCAAAGGAAUGGAUUGAUCACCAUGAGAGAUGACAACAAUGAGGAGAGUAAUGGGAGUGAGAUCACUCUUAAGUUCUAUGACAAAUAAAAUUUUCACGUUAGGAUCUUAGGGUUUAGGUUUUCCUUUUAUGAAGAUUUCUUUUUUUUUUUUUUUGGGGGUUUUUAAAUUUUGUUGUUGUUUCUAUUAUUCUAAUUUUUAUGUGCAAAUAUCUAGAGAGGGUUAAAGAAAGGGGGGGAUGCAUAAUGGCAAAAAAGGGGGUGCUUGUCAUGUUUCCAUGAUAUGCUCCAUGUCCUUUUGGGAAGAAAAUUGAAAGAUUGUAUUUAUAUGGACGCUUUGGCAUUUUGUGUUAUUCUCUUGUUUAUUUUU